AUAAUUGUUUGAAAUUUUACAUGAAUAAUGACUUAAAUGAUCAAUAAUCAAAAUUGUUGACAAUUCAUUUUGUCACUUGUCUGCUUGUUUCAGCUGGCCACACCCUUCACUCACAUGACCCAAAGGAGCCUGAAUCCAUACUGUCAAGUAGAUGUACUGCUAUUGUUUGCUGGAUUUAAGAAAAAUUAGAUAGAUUAAGAUGUAGUAUGGCCCAAAGCAAUCUUCUCCUGUGGGAAAGAAGCCAAGUUUGUAUAACAAAGGUGGGCAGGUCGUCACAAGUCUGUCACUUCUAGCAGACAGAAGGUUCCACUCUGUGGUUAUGGACUUAUCUAAUGAUCUGCAAUACUAAUCUGCCAUUCAAAAAUAGCAAUAUUUAGCCCUGCCAACAAGUACCUUCUAGGAAUGAGGAGCUAAGGGGAAAGGAAUAUACAGUGCACAGGAGAGGAAACUGCUGAAUCACCUUGAAGACCCUGAUCUGAGUACAGUCAUGUCCACUGACAAGUAUAUUUGAUAUCAUGGUGUUCUUGUGUCCUCUGAGGCCCACAGCAUGGAGAGCUUGAAGUAUGCCCAAAAUUUUCUGUGAAAGACACAGAUGUGUUUGUUGUGACUUACCCCAAGUCAGGUACAAUCUGGAUGCAAGAGAUCCUCCCGCUGGUGCUGAAUGGAGGGGAUCUGACGCCAAUUCAAAGCAUUCCUAACUGGGACAGGGUGCCCUGGCUGGAGGAGAAAAGACUAUCCGUAGUUGCAGAUCAGUUGGCAUCUCCACGGGCGCUGGUCACACAUUUUCCCUACAGCCUCAUGCCCCCCUCCUUCCAUACUUCCAAAGCCAAGGUGAUCUAUGUGAUGAGGAACCCCAUGGACAUCAUGGUGUCUUCAUACUACUUUCACCAAAUGGCAGUUUUCCUUGAAGAUCCUGGAACCUUUGAUGAGUUCAUGGAAAAAUUCCUGGAUGGCAGAGUGCUGUUUGGAAAAUGGACAGACCAUGUGAAGAGCUGGAGACACACAGAGCUGGGAGACAGAAUAAUGUACAUCACAUAUGAAGAGAUGGUUCAGGACCUUCCUGCAGCUCUAAGACGUAUUUCAAAUUUCCUGGGCAGAAAUCUGAGUGAAGAAACCAUUCAGAGGAUAGCAGAGCACUGUUCUUUCAAGACCAUGAAGUCCAACAACAUGUCCAACUUCAGCCUGGUCCCUAAAGUAUACAUGGACGCUGACAAGUCUCCGUUCCUCAGGAAAGGUGUUGCAGGAGACUGGAAGAACCAUUUCAGCUCAGAGCAACUAGCCCGAUUCACAUCAGUCAUUCGUAAAGAGCUGGAGGGCGAAAGCUUCUCUCUGCCAUGGAGCCUGGAUUGACCAACAGAGAGAGAGAGAGUUAUAGUAGGAGUAGCUAAAAUAGGAAAAAUAACAACAUCAAUCAUUUGGAUCCCUCACAACUACUUUUUGCAUCAUAAUGCUCUAGUAUCACACAUAUUUAGUCAUUUUUCUGCCACUAAACAUAAUUAUAAUUACAAUGACAUAUUGCUUGCAUAAUAUUAUAGUCUGACUCUUACAGUCAUCCAAUAAUCUUUUUUGUAUUAAUUACUUUAUUUUUAUUUUUAUACCCAAUAAUGUCAUAUAAUGCUAGAGCUAUUAGUCAGUAAUAUAAUAGCCAUACUAUCACUGUUUUUUGUUCAUGAAAUACACGUAAUUACCUAUCUAAUUUAUUAUUGACUUGUAAUGGUUUGUUUACUUGUAUUAAACUAUUAAUCUUUUACACAUCUAUUCAGUUAUAAGUGGGUUCCAUCAUGUACAUUUUAUACAUUUUAGCCUUCACUCAGGGUCUUAUUUACUCAAUUUGUAUUACUUAUUGCAUGAUUGAUGUGGCCUUGAUUAAAUUAUGUACUAAGCAUUA